AUGACGAUGGAUGGCACCGAGUGUGCCGUGGCUGCCUUUCCUCUGCUCGUGCACAGGCUGGCGGUGGUGCUUGCGCUCGUGCUGGGUGCUGGGUGCUUGGUGCUGGUGCCAAGUUGCCCCGGACUGAAGGUGCCGGGAUGGGCGGAGAGGUUGGUUGGUUCAAGAAUGAGGGUGGGAAGAGGGGGAGAAGAAGCAGAAGGAGAAGAAGAAGUUGGGGACUCGGAGGAGGUUGACGUUGCGCAGCGCGCGUUGGGUGGUGGUGGUGGUUGUGGUGGCAGCACCUGCGGUCUGCGGUCUGCGGUCUGCGGUCUGCGGUCUGCGGAAGCUGUGGUCGGUGGGCUGCCUGCAGUAGUUCACCUGGGGAAGGACAGGAUGAGGUGGGAAGAUCCGGUGGUUUGGUCGUGAUUGGAGAUGCUGCAGUUGUUGUCCGACACCAGCUUUCCUUUUGUUCUUUUUUUUUUCUUGUUCGAUGUAUCUGUACUGAAACGGGUGGCCGAAGAUGGCGUUGUAAUUUCGAUGACAGUCCAAGGUAAGGUAGAUUUGUAUCUUGGAGAGACCAGAAAAAGCCAAACCGAAUUGUC